UACCUAUUUAUCUUUAGUAGCGCGCUGACACAGAGCUCCGCUUGCUGCAGCAGCCGUUCAUACGUUUCCCGUUAGGCAUUCGGUAUACAUAAUACGAUUUUAAUUAUGGAUUCAAUCGCUCACAAGUAUCCCUUUAUUACGAAGGAGUAUUUAGAAUCAAUGCUUCGGGAAUCGCACAAAUGCAGCUCUAUUGUGGUGCAAGAUUUCAUAGUGGUUCCCGCUCUUGGAAAAGGCCAAAACUAUUCCAGCGAUAUUUUGAGAGUGAAGAUCAAUUAUGUGGAGGACGGCUCCGAUCCGAAGAAUGUCACGUUUAUUAUAAAAGCAUCGUUGGACAGUGAAGAGUUGGCUGACAUGAUAGAAGAAGCUAUAAUAGUUAGCACCACGAAGCCAAACCACAUAAUAUUUGAAGACCUAACUGAAUCGGGAUUCGUAGCUGCUAAUCGAAAGAAAGGUCUCGACUAUCAUGAAUUACUUAUGGUAUUGGAAAGGAUUGCGCAUUUCCACGCUGCAACGGCUUACAUGUUCAGUAAGGAUGAAUCGACCAUGCAGUAUCACCAUUACCCGAACAUCAACCCGAACCAAACGCACUUCCAUCCACUCUACCGAAACUGUUUGCUUGCUUGUGCUGAAGAAACACGAAAGUGGUCAACGAUUCCCAUUAAUAUUACAGAAAAACUGUUUCGCCUAGAGAAAUCUAUGAUGCCGAAAGCUUUUGAAAUUUACCAAUCGGACAAGACCGGAUUCAACGUCCUGUGCCAUUGUGACCUAUCGGUGAACAAUGUUAUGCUGAAGUUCGACUCCGCAGGAAAUUCGGUUGACUGCAGACUGGUAGACUUCGCCAUUGGAUUCUUCGGUUCACCGGCAAUGGAUCUCUCGUACUUGCUGUUCACCGCCUCGGCUGACGAUGUGACAACCGAUCAGUUCGACGAACUGUUGCAGUACUAUCAUACGAAGUUGGUGGACACGUUAGUCAUACUUGGAUACGAACAGCCGAUACCCACCUUGAAUGACAUUCAAGUGGCGAUGCUGCGAAAAGGCUUCCUGGGCGUCAUGCAUGUGCCGCUUUUGCUGCCGUUACGGUUAAUCGAAGAUACGGCCAACGCUGACCUGGGACAUCUGAUUGGUUCGUCGGAGGCAGCGAUUGAAUUUAGACGGAAAAUGUUCAGCCACCCUAGGUUUCGAAGCAGAAUGGAAUAUUUGCUUGGUUAUUUCGAUCGGAUGGAGUAUUUAGAUUAACUGGAGUUAGGAAAUUAGAACCAACCAAUUCCAAUAAUUAUGUUUAUUAUUUUGCUUAUUUUUAGACAGAUUGGCUCAAGCCUUUUUUUAAGUCUGCGACUUAUAGACUUUUAUCAGUGCCGAGUGCCGGACUGAGGUUUGAUUCACAGGUGUGUAUGUGUAGGUUAAUGUGUUUGUAAAAAAAUAUGUGUAUCGACCAGUCUGAAACCAAUAAACCUAUGAAUCUUUCGAAAUGCCUCCGUAUAACGCAUCUGAAACCCUCUGAAACCCCCUGAAACGCCCCUUGUAACGCCUCUGAAGCCCAAUUAAUAUCCAUCUUUCUGAAAUUCCUUCGUAACCUUCUUGAAACUUUCCUGUCUCCCUUGUAACGCACCUACGAACCUUUGAAACCUCAGAAAACGCCCCUGUAAUGCCUCUGAAACCCACUAAAAAUCCACUGAAACUUGCUGAAAUACCUUCAAAAACUCUCUCGG